UACAACGUGUUGUCAUACGUGUGGGGAGAUCCACGAAUUACUACCCCAAUCUCCGUUGGCCGUUGCGACAUCGAACUUACAGUCAACCUGGAGUCAGCCUUGCGUCACAUUAGGGGUCCCUUAAGAACGAGGAAGGUAGGGGUUGGUGGGGUUUGUAUCAAUCAAAGUAAUGCAGAGAAAAAGAGUCUGCAAGUGAGUCAGAUGGGAAAGUUCUACUCCCAGGCGGAGCAUACAAUCAUUUACUUGGGCGACGAAACUCAGGAAACGGAAUAA